CAUUUCUUGAGGCUUAAAGUGGCAUUUUAUAAGCAUUUGUAAAAUGUCAAGCUCAAUUGAACAGAAAAAAGGGUCUACAAGACAGCGCAAAUGUGGCUUUUGUAAGUCCAAUAGAGACAAGGAGUGCGGACAGCUACUCGUGUCUGAGAACCAGAAGGUGGCAGCACAUCACAAGUGCAUGCUUUUUUCAUCUGCUUUGGUGUCAUCACAUUCUGAUAAUGAGAGUCUUGGUGGAUUUUCUAUUGAAGAUGUCCAAAAGGAAAUUAAAAGGGGCACAAAACUGAUGUGUUCUUUGUGCCAUUGUCCCGGAGCAACAAUUGGCUGUGAUGUGAAAACGUGCCACAGGACUUACCACUACCACUGUGCGCUGCAUGAUAAAGCUCAGAUCCGAGAGAAGCCUUCGCAAGGCAUUUACAUGGUUUAUUGUCGAAAACACAAGAAAACCGCACAUAAUUCUGAAGCUGAUUUAGAAGAAACUUUUAAUGAGCAUGAACUGGAGCCCUCAUCUCCAAAGACUAAGAAGAAAAGUCGCAAAGGAAGACCAAGAAAGACUAAUUUUAAAGGGCUGACCGAAGACAGCAGAUCUACAUCCUCCCAUGGAACCGAUGAAAUGGAAAGUAGUUCCUACCGAGAUAGGUCUCCACACAGGAGCAGUCCUAAUGACACCAGGCCUAAAUGUGGAUUUUGCCAUGUAGGGGAGGAAGAAACCGAAGCGAGAGGGAAGUUGCAUAUAUUUAAUGCCAAGAAGGCAGCCGCACAUUAUAAGUGCAUGUUGUUUUCUUCUGGUACUGUCCAGCUCACAACAACAUCAAGAGCAGAAUUUGGAGAUUUUGAUAUUAAAACUGUACUUCAAGAGAUUAAGCGAGGAAAAAGGAUGAAAUGUACACUUUGCAGUCAGCCUGGUGCUACUAUUGGAUGUGAAAUAAAAGCCUGUGUUAAAACCUACCAUUACCACUGUGGUGUACAAGACAAAGCAAAAUACAUUGAAAAUAUGUCCCGAGGAAUUUACAAGCUGUAUUGUAAAAAUCAUAGCGGAAAUGACGAGCGAGAUGAAGAAGAUGAGGAACGAGAAAGUAAAAGCCGGGGAAGACUAGCAAUUGAUCAGCAACUAACCCAGCAGCAGCUUAAUGGAAACUAGGUUCCUGGGACAGAGAGAGUUAGAAACCGAGAAUAAGACAACUGCAACUUCUAUGCUUUUUUUCACUCUUUUCUAAAAUAAAAAAGGGUUUGUAACUUUUUACUGCCCGACUCUUAGAUCUUUCAUUGAACUGCCUAAAAAACACCGUGUUUGUUUUCUGAGCCUUCACUAGAUGGCCGAAUUUGACAUAUUGAUAUUACGUAGCUGUAGUUUGCAGUUUCUGGGAAGCAAUCGAAACACUAUUAACCCUGUGUAUACUGUCAGUUAAAGCAGACCUUGAGUGAAGUAAACUGUAUUUCUGGACUGAGCAAAGUUCUACUAUUUAGAGUGUUUAAGUUUGUAGAGGAUCCAUGCUCAAAGGAAACCAGAAGCAAAUUGUACUUCAAGAUGCAAACACACCUCCGGUGGCAGCACCUGGUAACAUGGACUUUUUUUUUUCAAGCUCAAGCAAUGGAAAACUACAAAUGGAAAGAACCUUAUUUUUGUCUUGGCUUUGACAGCACAUGUUAAACGUUUCUUCCGGGAAGCGUGCAGAAGCCUUCCUACAGUCUUUUUUAGAGUUGUUCUCACUGGCCAGUGUGGGCAACUGGUGAUGAGAAGCCUUAGCGCAUGUGCCCCAAAUUCUCUUGACAGUACACCUUUCUGUGCUGUCCAGAGAGCUUCUGGCAAAAUAAUGGAAUCCUAUCAAGAUCAAAAUAAAGCCUGACAGAAGCAGAUUACAUUUUUGAGUACCCAAAGUACAUUUUUGAGGUUAAAGAGGUAACCAAUGCGCUAAGGACUUUGAACACCAUAUCUAAAGCCAGUUCCUCUCAAGUGCCCUAUUGUGUGGAAUGCUGCACAUAUUGGCCCAAAGUAUAUCAGGAGAUAUUAUGUGCUAACAGAGUAAAGAAAAAUCCAUCUUUGAGUAAAACAGUAUUUAUUUUUGAUUUUGUGACCACUAUUACAGAAACCUUAUUUAAUGCUUUCAGUCAUUGGUUUGCUUACAUAUUGAAUAGGCGUUUGUGCCCUGCUUUCCUCUAGGGCUUGGAAGGGUUUUCUUAAUCACCAGAUUUCUAGAAAGGAUCUCCACUGGAGUCUCUUGCUAGUGGCACUCUUCCACUUACCUGCUGAAGCACAUUUAUAUAUUUCUUUAUGGCAAAACCAAAAAACUUAGUUGGGGUCUGCCUAAUAUUACCAUAGCACCUCAGUAUGAAAGGUAGGGAUUCUGAGUUCUGAAUUAUUAGUUAACCUACCACAAUGAAUGAGAUUUGCAAAUAAGAAACAACAUGCUAACUUGACUGUACAUUGAUCUAUUCUGCAGCUGGUUGAACAGCAUUUUUAAAUGUAACAGGUGGAAAAUUACACUGUGCUUAUUGACUGAAUUUUUAAACUGCUAGUCCCUUAAGAUCACAUUUUGUUAAAGUGUGUAUUUACACAUUUACUUAAAUCAAGGGACUCAAUGCUUGCUUUAUUUUAACCAUCUUUUGUUGUUACUUUAGAAGGAAACUAGCUUUAGUAGUGGCUUGCCUUGUACGUCUUCUCCUUUUGCUCUUAAUAUGCCAUGAUGUGUAUGUGAUAAUUUUCAAGGUUCAUCAUGACUUGAAGUGCAAGGACAGAUCUCAGUUUGUUUACCAAGCGAUGUGACUUUUUCCAAAGGAUCUGUACUUUAUUUCCUUACAACAGCUUGAAAACAUUAUUUUUUAAAUCUUUAAAUCACUGUGUCUAGGUAAUUUUUACAUUGUGUGCCAUAGAACUUACCCAUGGAGAAAUAGAGCUCCUUCAUUUUUGGACAACUACUGUAAUGUUUUUUUAAAGACAAAUGGAAGGUGCCAGGGGUAAUUAUGGCCUGUCAAUAAUUAUAUAAAGAACUUCAAAUACUAUAGCUGUCAGUUGAUGGAUUUGAUAUGUAGUAAAUGUUUGACUUUGUAUGGGUUUCUUCAGCCCUUUCUCUGCCACUAGCAACCAGAAAAGCACUUUACCUUUUGGUUGGUUAGGUAAGUGGCUGACUACCUGUUUUUCUCACUGUGGUGUGAUUGGCUAAAUAACCUUCAUUUAAAACUGAAGUCACAUUAGAAACUCAUGUUUGGGUGUCAACUUCCAAUAUUUUGAUUCUUUGUUCCUGUUUUCAUUCUAUGCUGAGUAAAAGUGCCUUACAAUGUAAAAAUUGUACAGUACUUAUGUUCCCAAGUAGCAUCUUCAUCAGCUGGCUAGUAAUUACAUUGUGGUAUUCCUAUUUAGAGAAAUGGACCUCAGCAGUGUAUUUACUGUACAUCUCUUAAGUCCUUAACUGUAGUUUUACUAAGCAUGACAUUAUUUGGGAAAUAGAUGGCAUUUACAUCAAUUCCAAAAACACUGCCAUGGCUGUCUAAUGCGUAUUUUAGCCUGAAAUUUUGAUGAGUCUUUUUUCUUGUUUUUCUUUAUUUGUUUUAUUCUUUUUUGUCAUUAUUAAUAUUCAAAUGUGUAAUCUUUGCAAGCGUAUAUUGAAGAUUAUUCUGGAGCAUUUAUUGCCUUACCAGAAAUGUUAGUAGGAAAUGUUCUUUAGAGUAGAAGGGUAGACUUGCGUUUCUAUACUUUAAUAAGUUCCUGGGGGGAGGGGGGAGUUUUACUUUCAUCUCAUUGUUUAAAAACCCACACCUGAGUAAAUUUCAUUUCAAGGAUCAGCAGUCUCAAACUUGAGGUGGUACUUGUUCAGUGUACACUACUCAAGAUACUAACAGAGUAACAUGAUCUAGAGAUCUGCUAUUGACUCGAAUCUAUGUACUUGAACAAAUGUGUGAAUCUCAAAUAUCUCAAAGCAGAAGUGUUGUAGAAUGUUGUUGCUUUUUGAAAAAGCACUGAAGUUAGACCAAGGCACAGUUUUGUUUUAACAGACAUUUAAGUUAAUUGUAAAGAUAAGGAAUGCGUCAUGGGUCAAAAAUCAAACAUUCCUCACAUGUUAUGUAUAUUUUGUUCCUGUUAUAUUGGCUUUAUUUUCAAAAUUGUAGUUUGUAGUAUUAGUUUCCUUUUAUUGGUAUUCUUGCAUAUACUAUUCGUUCAAUAAAUGAGUUUUGAAUUUCA